UUUUCUUCCUAGAAAUCAAAUUUAGUAUUUAAUAAUCUAAUUAUAGGAUCCAAAGUUUGCUACAAAUAUAUAAUACAGACACACAUUUUCUAAAAUAAGGCUAUUGGAUCUCCAUUAUUCUCUCAAAUCCAUGGUUUUUUUUUCCGAAAACAUCUCAUCACUGAAAACAUAUAAAUUCAUCUCAUUGUCCUCUUAGUUUUCUUCAUCUAAAGCUUUUGCAGUAUUCAGAAAAAUAAAUAAAUAAUACAUACUGCUUUAGCUUUGGAACACCUUUAAUCAUUUUUAAAAUGGCACGUCAAUUUGUCGUAUUGGCUCUAUUGGCUUUGGUGGUGGCCACCGCAUUCGCUGCCGACGCACCCUCGGCUGCUCCCACCACCUCCCCUACAAAAGCACCCACCACGCAGACCAAGGCACCGGCUGCUGCACCCAAAUCAUCGUCAGCCUCAGCACCCAAAGCAUCGUCCCCUGUGGCAGAGGAACCAACAGCCGAAGACGAUUACGCAGCAACCAGCCCGAGUGAAUCUGCGGAGGGACCCACAGUCUCCUCCCCACCAGCUCCUACCCCAGAGGUUGUUGAUGGGCCAUCAUCCGAUGCACCCACCCCCGGCCCCGAGGUACUCGACGGCAGCGCCACUAAUGUGAAGCUCUCCAUCGCCGGCACUGUCGCCGCCGUCGGAUUCUUCUUCUUCUCUCUCUAAGUUGAUAAACAACUUUGUUUCAUAUGACUUUGUGUAACUUUUGAGAUGAGACCAAAUCUUUACUAUAUGCGAAUUAUAAUAUCAAAAGAUUAAAGGCACCUAUUAUUAAUUAUACUACUAAUGUUCUUGUAAUAUUUUUGGAUGCGUUAAAUGCUCUUUGUCUACUACGUAA